GCAUCUUUUGUAGCUCAGUCCCGCCCACCCAGAAAGUGACGUCACGCCUAUCGAACACGGGAGCUCUGCAAGCGCUCUUACUUCGUCCCCACUUUCAUAACAACAAUGUCCGUCACGGAGGUUUUGUUGGGGCUUCCGUCCGGCUGCUUUGUGCAGUACUCGGUCGCUCUGCUUUGCCUCCUGGCUGUCGUCUACAAAGCCAUCGUCCUGCUUCAACGCAGACGACAAGCCUCUCGGAUCGACGAGGUGUUCCUGGGACCACCGAGACAUUGGUUGUUCGGACACGCCCUCCAGUUCAAACAAGAUGGGACUGACUUGGACACGCUGGUGAAGUGGGGGGUGCAGUACCCCUAUGGAUUCCCUUUGUGGUUCGGUCCCCUUGUUUGUUACUUCAACGUCCACCAUCCAGAUUAUGUAAAAAGCAUACUGACGACAACAGAGCCAAAAGAUGAUUUUUUGUAUAUCUUCCUAAAGACCUGGAUGGGCGACGGCUUACUGGUGUCUAGAGGUCGGAAAUGGUUCCGCCACAGGAGGCUCCUGACGCCGGGUUUCCAUUACGAUGUGCUGAAAUCGUACACAAGACUGAUGUCGGAUUCAACCAAAACUAUGUUGGACAAAUGGGAGCUUUAUUCAAGCAGCGGCGAGUCCUUCGAGCUGUUCAAACAUGUGAGCCUCAUGGCGCUGGACAGCAUUCUGAAGUGCGCGUUCAGCUACGACAGCAACUGUCAGACCGAGAGCGGAACAAACAUCUACAUCAAAUCCGUGUAUGAGCUCACUGAUUUGAUCAACUUGCGCCUGCGGAUCUUUCCUUACCACAACAACCUCGUAUUCUACCUCAGCCCGCAUGGCUUCAGGUACAGGAGAGCUUGCAAGGUGGCUCACAGUCAUACAGAGGACGUGAUAAAAAAGCGCAAAGAAGCAUUAAAGGGAGAGGCAAAGCCUGAGAACAUCAAAAAGAAGAGAAACAUGGACUUUUUGGACAUUCUUCUCUUAGCAAGAGAUGAGGACCAGCAGGGACUAUCGGAUGAAGACAUACGAGCGGAAGUGGACACCUUCAUGUUCGCGGGCCAUGACACAACCGCCAGUGGCAUUUCCUUCAUCCUCUACAGCCUUGCCUGCCACCCGGUACACCAGCAGAAGUGCAGGGACGAGGUCACUCAGGUCAUGGACGGCAAGGACAACAUUGAGUGGGAGGACCUCAGCAAAUUGCCGUACACCACCAUGUGCAUUAAAGAAUCCCUCAGGCUAUACCCGCCUGUGCCGGGUAUCGCCAGAAAAACGACCAAAGCCAUUACGUUUUUUGAUGGCCGGACUUUGCCAGCAGGGUCAUUAGUUGGGACAAGUGUGUUUGCACUGCACAGGAAUUCAACGGUUUGGGAGAACCCUCAUGUGUUUGACCCACUUCGGUUCCUGCCGGAGAACACUUCCCAGAGGUCUCCACAUGCAUUCGUGCCGUUCUCCGCUGGGCCCAGGAACUGCAUCGGUCAGAACUUCGCCAUGAACGAGAUGAAAGUGGUCGUGGCUUUGACGCUGAGGAGGUUCCACCUGAUAGAGGACCCCGCCAUGAAGCCCAAGCUCAUCCCUCGACUGGUGCUUCGCUCCAUCAACGGCAUCCACAUCAGGAUCAAAGCGGUGGAUACUUGAGACCUCCACAACGACUGAUUCAUUGAAUUUCUUAAGAAAAUUCUACACAUGCAUAAAUAAAGUCAACACUACACUAAAAAAAAAAAAAAAAAUUACAGUAUAAUUUGGAUAUAAAUUAUUUACAGUAAAUUGAAAUUGUUAUUUUUACGACAAAACUCCGGCGACUGAGCCGCCUUUUUUUUUUUGUUUAAGCAUAAAAUCUAAGGUCCUUCUUUUACAGUGCAUUACUGUAAAUCAAUCAAUCAAUGUUUAUUUAUAUAGCCCUAAAUCACAAGUGUCUCAAAGGGCUGCACAAGCCACAACGACAUCCUCGGUUCAGAUCCCACAUCAGGGAUCACCGUUCAUUUUAAAUUAAAAUCCUGGGGACUGCUCUUCUGGUUUUCUUACCGUAAAAUCUACAAGUUGUUUUUUUUAUAGUGCUUUACUGUAAAUGGAAAAAUUUUGGCAACUGGGCUGCCAGUUUUUUUUUACCGCAAAAUCCGUGGUGAUUUUGUUUCGCAGUGCAAUAGUAUCGAUGGAAAAUUAUAUCACUGUUAAUUGUGUGCUUCCAGUUUGCUUAACAUAACAUUUCCAGUCGUUUUUACAGUAGUAAUACAGUAAAUAUAAAAAACUACCAAAAUUCUGGCGACUGAGCUGACCGUUUUAUCACCGUAAAAUCUAUGGUAAUUUUUUUUUACAGUGCAUUACUGUAAAUGGAAAAAUGGUGCCAUUGUUAUUUUUAAGAUAAAAUUUUGGCAACUGAGUCGUUUAAAUAUAAAAACUACCAAAAUUCUGGCGACUGAGUCGACCGUUUUAUCACCGUAAAAUCUAUGGUAAAAAUUUUUUUACUGUGCAUUACUGUAAAUGGAAAAAUGGUGCCAUGGUUAUUUUUACGAUAACAUUUUGGCGACUGAACUGCCAGCUUUUUUUGCCGUAAAAUCUGCAGUCAUUUGGUUUUAAAGUAAAUGGAAAAAAACGGUACAACUGCAUUCAAAUGUAGGGUCGUUUUUAAGGCUAAUUACAGUAAAUAAAAAAACGGUACUAUUACUGUUAUAUUUACAGUAAAAAUCGUUUUUUUUACGUUUUUUUUUUUUUUUUUACCAGAAAAUCUAUGGUCAAUUUUCUACAGUGGCGUUACUGUAAAUGUAAAACAUUACAACUGUUAUUUUUGCUGUCUAAUCCACAGUCAGCCCCCAAAUUGACGGAGAUAUAUAUAUAUUUUCAUAUAUCCAUAUUUUUGUGUUACUUCUUUAUUUUCAUAGUCAUAUUACAAAUAGCUAAUGUUCCAUAUUGUACUCUUUUGCUUUUCUAAUAAUCUAAUGACAAAGUGCUUUUGCACUGGGGUCGGCCUUGAGGUAGAAGGCAGAGAGGAGGAAUCCUCCUUGCUUCCCUUCCCAGGCCGACUCUAGAUAAGAGACACAAUGAACAUGUGUUUGGGGUGAGAGAGAUGAGGGCGGGGGGAGAUAUUGAAGAAGAGAGUUUUCCGUGAUGUUUUCCAGAUCAUCUUUGGCUACGCAUUUGUAUGUGUUGUUCGAGGCUGGUCUCUAUUCUCAAAUAUUUGAAAAUAAAUUACAAAAUACCUAUUCUGUCCUGGUGGUCAAUUUGAGCUCAGUUUAUGUCAUCAAAAGAACUUGGGAGUGACCAGCAUUUUAAAUUCCCCUUGGA